AAUUUAUAUUAAUAGUGGCUUCUGCCUAGUCUGUGACAUUUCAUUGGAAAUUGCAAGAAAUAUUUUGCGACUGUAGUUAGGUACCUUUAUAUACUCUUUGACUGACUGUAGUCUAUUCUAUUAGAUUUAUUAAUUUAUUUAUUGGUCGAAGACCGAAGUGGGCUUGUACGUUUGCAAUUUCCCUGCUUGAUUGCCAUGAUAGCAUAUUAGAAGGACCUUGAAUAAUGUGCGAUAACUUAAUGAACAGGAACUAAUACCAAAAAUAUAUUUAAAUACUUAAUAAACAAAUUUAAAAAAAAGUAUUUGUAUAUAGUGGAAAAAUGAGCCAGGUUCGGGUUGAUAAUUUGUGCCCCACGGCGCACCUUCGGGUCAUCUUGCCGUCAUCAAUAGACAGUAAUAUGCCUCCAUCAUUUAUUGAUAUCAAUAACAUCCACGAUAUACCACCACCACGAGCUGACUUUUCGGCUCCCCCGCCCUACGAUGUCGCCGCUAACUCCAAGCUACCGACAUAUGAAGAAGUGCAGCGCGAGAAACAGAUGGAAGGAGAAAUUUUACAGCCGCUCCCACCGCCGACCCACUCAACAAUAACAGCAUUUGUCACUGUUGAGCCGACAGAAACAACGGCGGAGCAACUCGACCCCGAGAACAGUCUCCUCGGCACCGACAUUAUGUUUCUAACGUCGUUUUUCGUCGCGUUUCUAUUCAACUGGAUCGGUUUCCUCCUACUGAUGUGCUUCUGCCACACCGUCGCUAGUCGCUACGGCGCGUUGGCCGGUUUCGGACUAUCGCUAGCGAAGUGGACACUCAUCGUCAAACACUCCACCGAGCUAGCGUCGCACGAGAACUCCUGGCUAUGGUGGCUCAUCAUGGCUUUCGGUAUCUUAAUCUGCGUGCGUGCAGUUAUCCAAUACCUGAACAUCAAACGCGGCUGGCGUCUACUGUCUGGCACGGCGCAAGAGAGACUCCUAUUCUUUUAUUAAAAUAUAAACCAACACGAAAUAUAAUAAAGUAUCUACACCUGAUUUAA